AUGCCGAACGUCCCCGCUUCCAUCUCUGUCUCCGAGACAGGCUCAUCCAUGAGUACGACUUCAGCGAAACAGUUUGACAGCCUGUCUGCCUUUGAAGAUCACGUCCUCUCCUCCCUACGUCAAGUCGAAAGCUCUCACGACUUUUUGUUUACCGACGUGCCUGAAUUCUGGGGGACGACCGUGUUCCAGCAUAUUGACGAGAAGAUCCCUUCUCAGAAAACCCACGAUACAAAGAACCACACUCUACGGAUCAAAGUCAAGCCGACAGAGGUACACAAUUGCAUCCAGAACUGGCUAGUACAGCAGAUGAUCGACUGGCUCUUGAAUCAAGACAUAACGCAAAAUGAACAAUCACUCUUACGUGUGGCAGUCGGGACAACCCUCCAAUUCCGAUCCGGCCCAUAUCGCAACUCUAGGAAAGAACCCGACUUCUUUUUCCGUGUCGAUGGUCAUAUCAUGCCAACUAUUGCGGUAGAGUGUGUCUGGAGUCAGUCGAUUGCACGACUUCACAAUGAUAUGAACCUGUUACUGGUGGGUGGUGAUGGCUCGAUUAGGGUUGUCAUUAUCAUCAAGUGGAGAAAGCUACAAGGAUGUGUCUCCGGAACUGUCGAGCUCUUUGAGAGAGACAGAAAUGGUAUGCCAAUUCUUCAGCAAAGCGAGACCAUCUUCCCCCGCCCAGCCAAUGGGAACAGUCAACAGCUAGAGAUCCGACGCAGAGAUAUUUUUGGGCCCGCACUGCCAGCUGGAAGCAACGGAAAUGACAUCCUCUACCUGAAUAUCGAACAACUGCGUAGUUAUGCCGUCGAAUCCCUUCACUUCAUGAACCUUGUUCCGGCAUAA